AUGGAUACUCCUGUCACACAUAUUCUUAAGAGUGGCAAACGCCCACGUGUAAUCUCCCCGGAUGGUCCCGUUACGUCGCCGGAACUGGUUGAUGUUCUCAAGCAGGUCAAUGAAUCAAAGGCCGUUCCUGAAUGCGUGAAGAAAUUGCUUCUGUCAAUCUCCAGUCAAUUGAGUGCAAUCAUUCAGGAGAACGUCACUUUACGUGAGCGUCUUGAAUCGUACAAAAGUUUAGAAAAGGAAAAUGAAGUACUGAGAGAGCGUAUUCGUUCUUAUGAGCAAAAUGUUGCAAGUCAGUACGGAGGAUCGCAGAGUCAUCUACCGAAGCUGAGCUCUGUACUGUCGUGUACUGAUUUCAAGUGCAAUACCGCGUGGCGUGGAUUUGAUCCAUUUUUGGCGAGCAAGUACACGAUUGAACCACCUCAAGUGGCGCUUCAUGGUGCAUCGCUUAAACGAAGAACUCAGUCGAUAAUGGACGCGCAAAUCGCAACAACAAAGCGGCUGCUCACUCGCUACGGCAACAAACUAGAGCAGGCGAUAAGAAAGUUCACAGAAGAGGGGUUGGAAAAGCUACAUGCGGUACAGGGUGAUGACUCACAGAGGGUCAACAAAGAAAAUUUGCGACAGCUGGAGGAAACAAUGGGGGCUACUUGA